AAUAAUAGAUUGAAGAAUUUUGUUACCGUGAAAGAAGAAAUUGAUUCUACAGGGAUCUUCAGAGUAUGUUAUUGGAGAUUUUUGUAUUUUGCACCUCUAUUGCGUGCUUAAAUGAUUUGCAUAGUAAAAUGAGAUUAGCGGCUUAUAAAGCUUCACUUCGACGUGGCAAUUUCAAAAUUUGAAAAAACAAAAACCCGCCAGUAUAAAGCCCCAACAAUCGAAUUCGCAUUGCAGAGAGAAGUUUCACCAAGAGAUGAAGAAAAGAUCGAGAUCGACGAGGAAGUCAUCUGCGGCGGAUUUUCUGUCAACUCCGCCGGCGACCUCGGCUGCAAGUCCUGUCCAGUCGAUGAGUGAGUCUCCGAAGCCAUUCGUGUUCAAUUUCAAUACGUUCAACGCUACGCCAACAUCAUCAUCGAAGAAGAAGCUGAGGACUACUGGAAAGAAGAGCUUCAAUAUUUCAAGUCCGGAGCAGUUGAAACCUGCCGGUUCUCCGGCGUCAGUCAAAAACCUGAAGUCGAUAGCGGAUCUGAAGGAAUUUGCAUCUUCUCAAUUGGACUCUGUUAAGCGCCAGAUUGAGCGAUCGCACAUGGAGAUUCUCAAGGACCUCGAGGCUUCUCAAUCUCGCCUUCAGAAACGUCUCAAGAUUCAGACACAAGGAUGCCAGCAAGUGGCAGAUGAAGCAGAAAGGGAGUAUAAAAAGAUGUCUGAGCGAAUCAAUGAAGGCAGGGAUGCAAUGAAGGUGAAUCUUUCAUUAUAG